AUGAUGAAGGCCAUCUUAAUAGCUGCGAUUUUGUUGUCUUUCUUCCUGGGUUUGAGCAGAUGUGAUUCAGAACUGGAUGAUGAUUCUUCCAUCAGGACGAUGCUGCAAUUACGUGAUAGUGUGCAGUUUUCUUAUUCGAUAUCUAAUAUGUUUUUGGAUCUUAUUCGUGGUCAAAAACCACCAACAGCUGUUUUUGAAAGUCUGAUUGAUAUUCAAACGUCGCAGCGUUCGAGGCUAACAUAUAGAAAUGUUGAGCCAGUGGUGACAACAUACUUGGGAUACGGUCUGUGUCUCGUGUUUGGUCUACUGUUCGCUAUUUUGAUGCCUAUCGUUGGGUUGAUUUUUUGUUGUGCUCGGUGUUGCGGCAAAUGUGGGGGUCGCGUGAAAUUUGUGGAUGCUAGACAUGACCCGUGCAAACGUGUUGUAUACACAAUUUGCUUGGUUCUGAUUGUGACAUUUCAGCUGGCUGCUGUUGUUUUGGUUUUCAUCAAUCAUUACCUAUUUCAUGAAGCCCUGGUUAACAAAGAUCCACGCAUUGGCGCUGUCAGCCAAAUUAACUUGAGCCUUGUUGAAUUUGAAGGAGCUUUGAGAGAUAUGGUACAGAUGGCAAAAAAUACUUCAUCAACAGAUCUGGCUGAACAAAAAGAACGAUUCAUGAGAAUAGUGGAUGAUGGUCUAGUGAAGUUCCAGGAUGAUUUCUCCAAGUCCUCUGAAGUGCAUGAUGUGUCUAACGCAAUAUCAGAACUUCAAAAAACUGCAAGAAGUUUUAUUCCUGGAUCUGAAGCCAUCUCACAAAUUAACCACUUUAAUAAUUCACUUCAUGAACUGACUGCUGAAUUACCCACUAUUCGUCAACGUCUCACUGACACGCUUAAUAUGGGAUGCACUAUUGAUAAAUUAAUUGAAUGUCAAGAAUUGAUGAAACUAGCUAACGACAAAUUGAAAAUUCGUCUUUCACCAGCUAUGUUCCAACCUGAUGAAGUGGUUUCUUUAUCUAAUCAAAUUCGACGUCACCUUCAUGAUGUAGAUUCUCUGAGUGAAUUCAAUGAAACUAUUAAUCGUUUGGCCAUUAUUGUGAAACGUUCUAUUGAUGCUGAUCUCAAUCGCGCUUGGAAUGAUUUAGCCCAGUCUCCUGAGACUCGAGAAAAAUUGGCUAGUGUGUUCGAAGGCAUCCUCAGUAAUAUAAGUACAACUUUUCACCUAGUUCGUAAUACUCUGUCGGUGUAUCGAGAUGAAAAUGUAGACGGUCAUUAUUUAAGGGUUGUCGAGUAUCUGUUGUAUGGUGGCAUAGCCCUUCUGUGCAUGCCUAUAUUGAUUUUCCUGCUAUUGUACCUUGGAUUGUGUUUUGGUACUUGCGGUGAUCGUCCAUAUGAAGAAGCCGGUCUGUGCAACAGAGGCGUUGGAGCCAAUUUAUUACUAGCUGGUGUUGGAUUUAUGUUCCUUUUCUCAACCAUAUUGAUGGUUUUCUGCAUAAUCCCAUUCUUUGUCGGCGGACCUUUGCAAACUGAAUUUUGUCGAUACAUGACUGGUCGUUAUCCGGAUGGCCCAAGGAAAAUGGAUCAAUACGUUUUUGAAACUUUGAAAUCGCUUAUUAACACAGCUGAUCGACCUAUUCCAGAUUCUUCUAACAAUAGAGAGAUUACUAUUACCAGAGAUUUAGCUACUGCCCGUGCAACUUUGGAUAUAAUACGUUUUAACCUAUCAGACACUAUUUUAACUCGAUGUGAACAUGAACCAUUUGUGAAAGCAAUCAGUACUGGAGAGUUUGUUUGGCCUGUUCUUAAUGAUGUAAUUGAAGGAAUUUUACAAGAUCUAAUCACCUCAUUCAAGAAAGCUGAUUUGGUAUCUCCACUACGCGAUAUUAUCCAAUCGUGUCUGUCAGCAUUGGAUCGCUUGAAAUUCCUCUCAGCUGUUGAUUUCAGCAAAGCUAUAGAACAGGUUGGUUUGCCUCUAACCUAUAUUGAUGAUCUAGGAGACUUUGUGUCCAGAUUAGAAGCCUUGGAAAUGAAAUCAUUAGCUUCGCAUAUUCAAGCUCUUCUAGACGGCCCCAUGAAGUUGGAUACAACACGUGAAGAUAUUCGUUUACUAUUCGUUAGGCUAAAUAGUUUUCCGGAUCAAAUGAGGCUUGUGGUUAACCGUUUAAAUGAUUACAAUCAGAAGCUUCCAGAAUCUGUUUAUUCUACCAUGGAUGCAGGACUUGUUAAGCUUCAACCAUUGUUUAUCAAAGAAUUACAAUUGGCUGUUAUCGCUACUUGGCAUGAUAUUCCGUGUCGUUCACUUCGCCUUGCCGCCAAACGUGGAGUGGACUCAAUUUGUUUUACAUUCCUAAUGCCAUUUAAUUCAUUCUGGACCGGGUUAGGAUUUACACUACUUCUUUUCAUUCCGGCAAUCAUAUUUGCUGUUAAAUUGGCUGGUUUGUAUCGUAAAACGGAGAAAUACAGUCGUGAUUAUGAAGAACCAGAUUAUAUUUCGUAUCAUGGCUUCUACAUGAGACCGCCAACAGAUUAUCAGGAUAAUCAACAGAAACCCCGAAACAAAUCUCGUAAACAUAAAGCAAAGAGUCAAUCCAAUGGAUCUAGUACACGAAAUGCUCAACCGCGUUAUCAUCAAGUGUCUGUUUAUCCAUAUGAUGCUUAUGAGUAG